UUUCUGGAUUCUGUCCCAGUGGAUCUGAUUCCUGCUCGUAGCUUUCUGGAUUGACGUUAAGCAUCAUUAGGGAAGUUCAGCUGCCACUGGACCUUUUUCAGUUAAAACAAUAAUGACUUUCUGGAAAUGUAAUUCCAGUGGAGCCUGUUUUCUGUGUGGCCUGGAAGAAUACCUACCUACCAUCAGCUAUUCAGAGACCUUGUAAAAAGUCUCUGUACAUCAAGCAACUGAGUGACACUGGGUGGUUCAAGGGGACCUUAAGAAUUGUAGAAAUCUAUUCAACUAGAAGAUUCAACCACUGCUACUCCGAGCUGCUGCUGAAAUACCAUGUCUAAGAACUCAGAGUUCAUCAACCUGUCAUUUCUAUUAGAUCAUGAGAAGGAAAUGAUCCUGGGAGUCCUGAAGAGAGACGAAUAUUUGAAAAAAGUAGAGGACAAGAGAAUAAGGAAGCUGAAGAAUGAACUCUUAGAAGCAAAACGUAGAAGUGGGAAGACUCAACAAGAGACCAGCAGAGUCUGUGCUCACUGUCAGAGAAACCUGGGCUUAAUAUUCGACCGGGGAGACCCGUGUCAGGCCUGCUCUCUGAGGGUGUGCAGCCAGUGUCGGGUCUCAGGCCUGGACGGCAGCUGGAGGUGCACCAUCUGUGCCAAAGUCGCGCAGCUAAGGAUUGUAACUGGUGAAUGGUUUUUUGAAGAAAAGGCAAAGCGUUUCAAGCAAGUCAAUGUUCUGGGCACCGAUGUUGUACGACAGUCCAUCUUAAGAAGAAGUCCAGGAGCUGAAGAAAUACAAAGCCAAGAGCUAACUCGUCAGAAUGCAGAAAAGUCAGACAUUUCACCUGCUGGGCAGAAGGCCAGCCAUGAUGCACCCCGGAGAAAGGGAUUUCUUCUUAGCAAGUUCAGAUCAGCAACCAGAGGAGAAAUCAUAACUCCAAAAACUGAAAGUGGGCGGAGCUACAGCUUGGACUUAGAUGGCCAAAAUUUUCGGAGUUUAAAGUCAGCCCCGGGUUCAGACAGAGGGAGCACCGGUUCGUCAGAUCUCAAUGACCAGGAAGCUGGUCCUGGGACUCCAAAGAACAUCCGGAGCAAUGGUGUGACACCAGUCACUCAGAGGUCACCGGCCCCAAGCACACGCAGCGUGACCUCACUCAGCAGUAGAAAGGAACAUGGUUUUGAAACUUCCAUGGAGUUGGCUGCCACUGAAAUCACCUCUGAGGACCUCACCAAGAGUCAUCGCCGAAAAACUUCGGGCACACCUUCCAUAGCUGUGUCCAGGGCCUCCCUCUCCUCAGACCAGAGUCGAUCUGAGUUAGAUUUGAGUGGGUCAUUUAUAGAAGACUUCGAAGAUACUGUAGGCAUCAAAAGCAAGUCUGUCCCUGGGGCUUUGGACAAAGACUUGGACUCCUUGGGAGGGAACGAAGAAGGCAUUGAUGACUUAGUGUCCUCCCAGUUUUCUGCAAACACCCACAGUCUAGCAAGUGGCCUGUCAACCAAUUCUCGAACAGGCUCUGACAGGAAGUGGACCUACCUAACUCUGCCUGACGCUGACUCCGACACUACCAGCCUUAACAGCACGAUGAGUGUUUACAGUGAAACAGGAGACUAUGGCAACGUGAAGGUCAGCGGGGAAAUCCUUCUCCACAUCAGCUACUGCUACAAAACUGGAGGGCUCUACAUUUUUGUCAAGAAUUGCCGAAAUCUGGCCAUAGGUGACGAAAAGAAGCAGAGGACAGAUGCUUAUGUCAAGUCGUACCUUCUUCCUGACAAGUCCAGAAAUAAUAAGCGCAAGACCAAAAUCAGAACAGGCACCAAUCCAGAAUUCAAUGAAACACUAAAGUACACCAUCAGCCAUACUCAGCUGGAAACGAGAACUCUGCAGCUCUCUGUCUGGCAUUACGAUCGAUUUGGACGGAACAGCUUCCUGGGGGAGGUGGAGAUUCCUUUUGACUCAUGGAACUUUGAAAAUCCAAGCGAUGAGUGGUUUGUGCUUCAGCCCAAGGUGGAAUUUGCUGCUGAGAUUGGCCUUCAGUACAAAGGAGAGCUGACAGUUGUUUUACGUUACAUACCCCCAGAGGAGAACCUGACACUUCCACUUGGACAGCUUCAAGCUGAUGCAGGAAAGAAGACCUUUAAAAAAGGAAAGAAGAAGGAAUCACCUGUCAUCUCUGGAGGAAUACUAGAAGUGCUCAUCAAAGAGGCAAAGAAUUUGACAGCGGUGAAGUCAGGAGGCACUUCUGAUAGCUUUGUGAAGGGCUACCUGCUCCCUGAUGAUAACAAAGCCACCAAGCACAAAACUCUGGUAAUAAAAAAGAGUGUUAACCCUCAGUGGAAUCAUACUUUCAUGUUCAGUGGCCUGAAUCCCCAGGAUAUAAAGAAUGUUUGCCUAGAACUGACCGUCUGGGACAAGGAGGCCUUUUCCAGCAAUAUCUUUCUUGGAGGAGUUCGUUUGAAUUCCGGAAGCGGUGUGAGCCAUGGGAAGAACGUGGAUUGGAUGGACUCUAAGGGGGAAGAGCAACGCCUUUGGCAGAAGAUGGUGGACAAUCCUGGGACUCCUGUAGAGGGCGUACUCAUGCUCCGUUCCAGCAUGGGGAAGAGUAAACUCUGAAGGUACCAGUUCUCCUAAAUGAGGCCUCCAGGGACUGUCUGGUUGUUACUUCCGACCAGCAGCAGGCUUGGGACCUGGAUUCUGCUUCCCUGCCAUUUCUCACCUGAGGGUAUUGGGAUGCGAGGGGAGAGAUGUGAGUGUUGCGAACAUUUAUGGUCUUGCCAAGUGUCUACAAAAGCUUGCACCUCUAUGUGUCCAGGGGCCGGGGCUUUCUGUAUUUGGAUGAUACAAGGUGUACCACCCUGUCCUAUCAACAAGCAGAUUGUGCAAUGAUUCGUAGGUUUUCCACCAGAAGGGAAAUAGCAUGUGCUUGUUUGAAACUCCGAUUGAGAUGGAGAGUCCCCAGAUUUAUUCUUAUUAUAAGUUGCUUUAGGUUUUCUCCAGGUCUGAGGGAAAAGGAGGCCACUGGAAUGUAGACCACUUGAAGAGUAAGAAGAAGGGAUAUUGUUUACCUUUUCCUCACCCUGCGAGUCCCCAUGAUGGAAAGAAGGCAUUGUGGAGGUGGUUGCUGGGGUGAGGGGGUGGCCCUCUUCUUAUAGCAAACUUGUGGAUUAACCAGGUAAGUUUUCAAGACGAGCUGACAGGUUUUUCUCUGGUGACUAUAUAAUUUAUAAUCUAAAUCAUCCCACGUUGGGGAGUGAAGAGAGCUAAAUCAUUAUCCCAGAACAGCAGAUGUCAACCAGGAUUAACCUGAGAGAACUGGGAUAUAAGGCCACCCUACUUAUGAUCUAGCUAUUAGAGAGCUCUGUUGUAAACAUUUCUUUUAUAAAAUGUUCUAAGCCACUAACUAAAAGGGAAUGAGAAAUAAUACACAUUUGAGCCCCUACUUGGGUCACGUCUACUAUAUCCCAUUGAUCAAAGGAAGUCACAUGGCCAAGCCCAAAAUCAGAAGGAAGGGAUGAAAGGUUGUGGCCAGUAGUUCAGUCUGCCAUACCGCUUGUCCCCUGGAAUUCCAGAUGCUUUAGCCACCAAACUUAGAUGAAAGGUAGUUAAAGGUGAAAGGGACCUCAGACCUGGUUCCUCAUUUUGACAAUUCCACAUGUGACGCCCAGAGAAGAGACAUGACUUGCCCAAGAUCAUAUAGAAGCUGUGACUGUAUCUGGACUUAAAUCCAGGUGUGACUCCUAGGACCAUGUUGUUUCCACUGCAGUCUUUGGCAUCAUCCUAUGCUUAUUGGGAUGGACAAGAAGACUUAGAUCAAGGAAGGUGGAGCGAAGUUUGAUUAUUUGUGUAUGAACAUACCUGACCAAGUCUUCUUGUGGAGUCAUAUUCUAGCCCCUCAGCUCAUUUUUUCACUUGGAUUCAUGUCAAAUCCUUAAAACGAUGGAUAAUGAAUUUUAGUAGUAGGAAAGCUAGAAUCAUCGUCAGGCUUGUUCUAGCUAAUUGUUUCAUGUUCUAAAUUUCUUCUUGAAUUUUGAGGACGAAUUUAAGCAUAUAUUUAGUAUUAUUCUUCGUAAGGGG